AUGGGAGCGUGUGCAAGCAAACCUAAGGAGAUUGAUAAUGCUCCAUGUGAGGCUCCUACCACUCCUAAGAGCAAUCACAAGAAUAACAAUAUUAAUAGAGCCCCUUUGGUUGAUCAUUCUAAACCCAAAAACAAAACUGUUGGUGCUGAACCUGAACCAAAAACUGAAAAGAAGUUUAAAGUUGCGGUGGUUGAUGAUGCGGAACCUGCUUUUGCCGGGCCAGCAAAGGCGGAAACUGGGAAUAAGUUUAUUGAGGAAGCAAAUGCUGAUCAGAACGUUGAAGAAAUUGGAAAGAAGGUUGAACUAACAAAUUAUGAGAAGGCUGCUAUUGACGCCAAGCCAGCUUUUGCCAGACAAGCAGUGGAGAAAAAAGUUGAAACUACCGAACCCGGACCAAACACUGAAAAGACAUUUGAGGUUACGGUGGUUGCUGAUGCGGAACCUGCUUUUGCCAGGCCAGCGAAGGCGGAAACUGAGAAUAAAUUUAUUGAGGAAGCAAAUCCUGAUCAAAACGUUAGAGAAAUUGGAAAGAAGGUUGAAGGAAAAGUAGAGAAUGUUAAAGAAAGUGAUAAGAAGAUUGAACUAACAAAUGAUCAGAAGGCUGCUAUUGACGCUGAUCCAGCUUUUGCCAGACAAGCAGUAGAGAAAAAAGUUGAAACUACUGAACCUGAACCAAAAACUGAAAAGAAGUUUGAGGUUGCAGUGGUCGAUGAUGCGAAGCCAGCUUUUGCCAGGCCAGCGAAAGCAGAAACUGAGAAUAAGUUUAUUAAGGAAGCAAAUGCUGAUCAAAACGUUAAAGGAAUUGGAAAGAAGGUUGAAGGAAAAUUAGAGAAUUUUAAAGAAAGUGAGAAGAAGAUUGAGCUAACAAAUUAUCAGAAGGCUUCUAUUGAUGCUAAGCCAGCUUUUGCCAGACAAGCAGUAGAGAAAAAAGUUGAAACUACUGAGAAAACUGAAAAGAAGUUUGAGGUUGCGGUGGUUGAUGAUGCGGAACCUGCUUUUGCCAAGCCAUCGAAGGCGCAAACUGAAAAUAAGUUUAUUGAGGAAGCAAAUGCUGAUCAAAACGUAAAAAAAAUUGGAAAUAAGGUUAAAGGAAAUGUAGAUAAUGUUAAAGAAAGUGAGAAGAAGAUUAAGCUAAUAACAAAUUAUCAGAAGGCUGCUAUUGACGCUGAGCCAGCUUUUGCCGGACAAGAAGUAGGGGAAAAAGUUCAGAAAAAGGAUAAGGGUGUUGGAGAAAAGGCUAAAGAAAUUGAGAAGGUUGAGGGUUUAGCAGAGAAGGCUAAAGAGAGUGCAAAAACCGUUGACAAGAAGGUUGAGGCUAAAGCUACUGCAAAAGAAAUUGAGAAGAAGGUUGAGGCCGCUUCAAUACCAUCAAAGGCUAAAGAAAUUGAGAAGGUUGAGAGUUUAGCAGAGAAGGCUAAAGCGAGUGCAAAAACUGUUGAGAAAAAAGUUGAGGCUAAAGCUACUGCAAAAGAAAUUGAGAACAAGGUUGAGGCUGCUGCAAUACCAUCAAAGGCUAAAGAAAGUGAGAAAAAUAUUGAGGAGAAGGUUGAGGCUAAAGCUAUUGCAAAAGAAAUGGAGAAGGUUGAGGCUAAAGCUAUUGCAAAAGAAAUGGAGAAGGUUGAGGCCCCGAUUGUGGGUAAAUUUGACAAAAUAGAUGAAGCCCCUCAAAAAUCAGAGAAAUUAGACCAAAAGUGA